AGUAAAGGCACAAUGUACUCUGACCUACUUCCACACACUAUCACCGAGGCUGCAGGUCCUCCACAUCGCGGGACGACGACGACAUAAAGCAUAAUGUCGCGGGCUGCGGAGAGGCUCCGGCUGUUGAUCGGUCAUCUUGAGCGGUCGCCGGCUGUGGUGGCUGCACUCACUUCUGCUGAAACCGUCAGCCCUUACCCGCAGAAACUCAGAUACACGCUGGAUAAUGACCUGCUGACUGCAGAGGAGCGACUCUUCUAUGAGCAAAAUGGCUUCUUUGUUGUCAAGAAUCUGGUGUCUGAUGAGGACAUCGACGUGUUCAGGAAGGAGUUUCAGCGAAUUUCUCAACAGGAAGUCAACGUUCCCGGUCUGGUCGUGAUGAGAGACGUCGCCAUCGCCAAGUCCGAGUUUGUUCCUGAUCAGAGAGCUGUGUCCAAACUUCAGGACUUCCAGGAGGAUCCUGAACUUUUCCGGUACUGCACCUUACCACAGAUUCUAAAGUAUGUGGAGUGCUUCACUGGACCCAACAUCAUGGCUAUGCACACCAUGCUCAUCAAUAAGCCUCCAGAUGCAGGAAAGAAAACAUCCCGUCACCCGAUGCAUCAGGAUCUGCAUUACUUCCCAUUCCGACCAGCGGACCGGAUUGUAUGCGCCUGGACAGCAUUGGAGCGGGUGAACAAGCAAAAUGGUUGCCUGGUGGUCCUGCCAGGAACACACACAGACACACUGAAGGAGCACAACUACCCAGACUGGGAGGGCGGGGUGAACAAGAUGUACCACGGAGUGCGUGACUACAACCUUCAGCAGCCCCGGGUGCACCUGGAGAUGGAGAAGGGAGACACGGUCUUUUUCCACCCGUUGCUGAUCCACGGUUCUGGCAUGAAUAAGACGCAAGGCUUCCGUAAGGCCAUCUCUUGCCACUACGCCAGCUCUGACUGCUAUUACAUCGACGUGAAGGGAACUACGCAGGAAAACAUCGAGAAUGAAGUGAAGGAGCUCGCAGCCAGAAAAUACCCCAUGGCCGCUGGUAUCACCUUCCAGGAUACCUGGGCCUUCAGAGGUCGCCUGGUGCGGGGAGAGAGACACACACUCUAAAGUGGCCUUCAGACGACAAACUGAGCCGAGAUUUGCAUCAAAUCGAUUGCAGUGAUUGCAGAAAAAACAAUAGGGCGUCUUUAGACUAGUUAAGAUUGUUCUUGAGGAUGAAAACAUAUGAAUUUAAAAUGACAUUUUUAAUUGAGUUUAUUUUCCUAGUGAAGUCAUGUAUAAAACAGUACUAACUUUGGUUUUGCAGCCUUUUACAACAUAAAAUUGCACUUCCUGGCCUAACAGAAUAGGCAAGGUUUGAGAAAGAUGGGUUCUGGCAUGUUCAAGAAAAAAUGAGAACGUGCGAGCGGGGGGCUGGGGGCCAGAAGUAAUAAUCUGCAGUACGGUACUUGAAUAUAAUAUACAAGAUUAAGUUGCCUUACAAAUGUAUUUGAGGGAGGACGUACAGUAGGGUGGGUGCUUGUUGUUUU